AUGCUACGCAGUCUUGCUUCCGCACGUUCGACCCUAUGCCUUUCACAGCGUCUCAGAAUAUCUCUGGCUCGACGCUGUUUGGCUACUGAAAUCCAUUCUGAACCUAGCCGUGGCCAGAAACAAGAGGGCGAUAUCUCCGCUAUUUUCCCCUCACUUUCAGGCGCUGUGCAUGAGGCACUCCCACCUCGAUUCUCUCAGCUCAAAAAAGAGCUUAUUUCUACCACAGAAGCUCGCGACCGUCUUGUGGCUGGUUGGAUCGACUUAUUGAAUGCACUACGAGAAGGCGUUGCCGAGUUACAGGCAAAGGGGAAUGAAACGAUACCCGAAGUCAGUUACGCAGAAAUUGAAAAGGGCAGCAAAAGUUGGCAAGCGGGAGUUCGAAAGAGGGGCUCGGUCGUAGUAAGGGAUGUGGUGGACGACGUAGAGGCACUGGAAUGGAAAAAACAAAUCCUAGAAUAUGUCAAGGAGAAUCCCCAGGUGAAGGGUUUCCCUGCGGACAACAAGCAGGUCUUUGAACUCUAUUGGUCCCGUCCACAAGUUCUGGCCCGCUCACAUCCUAAUUUGUUGAAGACAACGCAGGCCGCACUUUCCUUGUUCACAGCGGCGCCAGAAGACGAAGUGUCCUUGUCGACUCCACUUUCGUACGCUGACCGCUUGCGAAUCAGGCUUCCAGGAGAUGCAAAAUUUGCCCUUGGGCCACAUAUCGACGGGGGUGGUUUAGAACGAUGGGAAGAUCUUGAGUAUCGCAAAUGUUAUUCAGAUAUUCUUGCUGGAAACUGGCGAGAUUUCGACCCUUUCAAGAUCAGCCCACGGCUAAAUGCCAACUCUGAUCUCUACCAUGCUCCCAAUCAGUGCAGUGUACUUCGUGGGUUCCAAGGGUGGCUUGCACUUUCAGCAACCGGUCCAAAUGAAGGAACUCUUCGGACCUAUCCACUACUACGGGAAUCGGUUGCAUACGUGAUUAUGCGACCAUUCUUCCGGCCAUGUGUGCCCAUUUUAACUAGUUCACCUUCUCUCGAUGAGCUCAGUCCGAGUAAUUGGAUGAUGGAUCUUGAGAACACAGAGUUCCCUGGUGCGGUCCCAGGUUCUGGGCAGGAGCUCAAUGCCAUUACUCACCCCCAUCUAAUGUUGGAUAAGGGUGGAAUGGUUAGCAUGCGACCAGUAAAGCCUGGUGACAUGGUCCUCUGGCAUUGUGAUGGAAUUCACGCCGUCGAGUCCAAGCAUGCGGGAAAAGGCGAUUCCUCCGUGCUCUAUAUACCGGCCGUACCUCUGACCACUCAUAAUGCACAAUACCUGGUUUCCCAAAGAAGUACACUUGCCUCUGGGUGUCCUGCGCCUGACUUCCCUGGGGGAAGCGGCGAGUCCACAUUCGUAGGACCUCAAAAGGGAAGCAUCGGUGAUGUCAAAGGGUCUCUCGCUAGACGAGCAAUGGGUUUGGAGAAGUUCACUGAGAGCGAUGGAAUGAUGGAGGGUGAGAGGAAGGUUCUGCAGCGUGCGAAUGCAGUACUUGGGUUUUAA